AUGCUGGACAAGAAUCUCCAUGAGUUGCUGAAGUCGAGGCGUGGCAAACCGCUCUCUCUUCAGGAAAUCCAAGGCGUCACACAACAGCUAUUCCCAGAGAAGAACGUUAAGGAGAGGAUAAUGUUCAUCACCCUCCUGAGAAUGAUGCUGCAUUUUAAUCCUCAGGAGAGCAUAACGCCAAGCAAAGCUCUGAAUCACCCAUUUCUAACCCUGAGUGAACUGGAUGAUGAUGACACCAGCUCUAAAGGCAGUCGAUAUGUGGUCUUUGGGUAUUGUUUUGGUUAUCUUGUACCUUGGCAGCUUGCCAUUUCCUCAGAGGUGUAUUACCUGAUGUCUGACGGGUACAAAGCUGCGACUGGCAUCCCGCCUCAAAACCACAGUGGCAGCUCAACCAGGUUUAGCUCUCUGAGCGACCUGCUGAGGCUAUUCCCAGAGAAGAACGUGAAGGAGAGGAUAAUGUUCAUCACCCUCCUGAGAAUGAUGCUGCAUUUUAAUCCUCAGGAGAGCAUAACGCCAAGCAAAGCUCUGAAUCACCCAUUUCUAACCCCGAGCGAACUGGAUGAUGAUGACACCAGCUCUAAUGGGAUGUCGUCAAGUACCCCCAUGAGCAUCUUUUCAGGCAUGGAAUCAGUAGAAACCUCUAAUGAAGACCUGGUAGAUGAUGGUUAUUCAGCUGCGGUGGACACAGCUCAUGUAACCUCUGCUGCCACUGAAUCAAGCAGCAGAGAUUCAGUUUCCAGUUGCUCAGGUGUGGAAAACAUACCUGCUGUUUGCUCCAAUGAUGGGGCCUCAGAUGGUGCUGUCGUUUCAGCUGAUGUCCACACUUCCUCUUCAGAUGAUGCUUCAAUUGCACCUAUGAUGACUGGCCUAAAUGACACGGUUUCAGAUCAUAAUGAGGCCUCGGAGAACGCUGCCGGAUUAGCUGAUGACAGUGCCUCUGCAGAUGAAGCAGAGUCAAAUGACGCUGGUCCAAGGGAGGAAGAUUCAGCUCCCAGUUGCUCCCGUGAUGAAAGAUUGUCUGCUUUUUACAUAAAUGGUGGAUACUCAGAUUCUGGUGGCUCAUAUGAUCAAGUCAUAGAUGAUGCCGUCAGUUCAGCUAAUGAUGAUGAAGCUGCGGUCACCCCUGCCUCCACAGAAUCUUCAACAGCCCUAGCAACGGCUGACCUGUGUGAUGCUGUUUCAGCUAACAAACAUACAGUCAUCUCUGAUGGAGUCUCAGCCACUGACUCCAGAAACACUCAAAGGAAGCUGCUGAAAAGGAUCAGGAGAUUCUUCCGUAGGGUGUUCAGGGUCCUGCACUGUAGUUGGUCUGUAGACGUUGUGGAAUGA